AUGUCGAAUCCCGUACAGUCCUUUGACUCUCAUCGACGGUCGACCGUAUUCGGGCGCCAGCCAGAGGAGUUGCAUAUUCCUUCAACGGGACUGAUCAAUCCCAACCUUGCCUCUCGCCAGCAGUCAGUCCACGAUUACCCCACGACGCCCGACGUGGGCGCUUCCACCCAAGUCCCCGCGAUCAACGUCCACUCCAGCGCAUCCUCCAUGCAGUAUGCGCCCAGUGGGAGCGCUGGUGGACACAGCAGCGCUACUCUGCCUGGGUCGCUGACGCCUGGAGGUCAGCAUCGUCCGCCUGCUGUUUCGGUCAACACAGCUCCGUCCGUGAUUCCCACCGUGCCGCAGUCGACACCACAACAGUCCAGCCAUCGCACAAGUAUGAUCAACUCCCACGGCCAUUCACAGUCCAGCCCCGCUGGCUUUGAUCAAUCCCCUAUGUACAAACACCACGGGGCAUCGGAAGCGUCCAAGUAUCCUACAUCUCCGGGCGCUGGGUACCCGCCACACACCCCGCAGGGUUCCAAGUACUCCCCGCUGGGGCUCGCGGACAUUCGGCCCCCAGGUGACCAUAUUCUGGGUGAAUCGCUGAUGAGCCCGGGGUCGCUCCCUUACAAUGGAGAGACUCAGAUUCCUACAAACAGUAAUUACGUGGCACCAUGGCCUAUAUAUGCCGUCGAUUGGUGUAAAUGGCCCAUUUCGGGAUCCUCGAGCUCGUUUGGGGGCAAGUUGGCCCUUGGGAGCUAUCUAGAAGACAAUCACAAUUAUAUUCAAAUCAUCGACACACAUUGGACGCAACCGGACCCGGAUACCCCAGACGCCGCAGCAGGGGAGAUUAAGCUGGACUAUGUCAGGACCGCUGAGGCGACACACUCUUAUCCCGUUACCCGCAUUCUCUGGGAACCUCCAUCCUCCCAGAAGCAGUCUACUGACUUACUCGCGACGUCGGGCGAUCACCUGCGGCUGUGGUCACUUCCGAAUUCUCAACCCUUGCAAAGCUCCAACUCGAUCACCCGACCUUCCAGCCAAAGAGAUGCUCCCCCUGCGAAGCUCUCUCCAUUGGCACUUUUAUCCAACUCUAAAUCUCCCGAGCAUACUGCCCCUAUCACCUCGCUUGACUGGAACACCAUCUCCCCGAGUCUUAUCAUCACAUCUAGCAUUGACACAACUUGCACUAUCUGGGACAUUCCGACCUUGACCGCUAAGACUCAACUUAUUGCUCACGACAAGGAAGUCUAUGAUGUUCGCUUUUGUGCGAACAGCGUGGAUGUCUUUGUCAGCUGCGGUGCUGAUGGAAGUGUGCGCAUGUUUGACUUGCGAAGUCUGGAGCAUAGCACUAUCAUCUACGAGCCGACAGAAAAGACUGAGAAACCAGUGAUGAGUCCUGGUAACUCCAGCCCAUCCGGGCCAUCGCAAUCGGGCAUGUGGCCUCCGCCACUGUUGAGAAUCGCCGCCUCUCCUCACGACGCCCACCUCCUGGCCACAUUCUCCCAGGACUCCAACGUCGUUCGUGUGCUUGACGUGCGGCAACCUGGACAAGCCCUCCUCGAGCUCAAGGGCCACUCCGCCUCCCUAAACUGUGUCGAAUGGUCACCGAACCGACGCGGCGUCCUCGCCUCUGGAGGUGACGACAGCCUCGUUCUGAUUUGGGACCUCAUUAACCAACAUAAUGCCGCGCCUUUGUCCACACCUCAAGCUCCCGGCACUCCAGCGCAGGCCACGACCUCCGAGCGCGGUCCUGCUGCUGCAUGGCAGUGUGACUACGAAGUCUCAAAUAUCAGCUGGUCCCCACAAGGCGGACCCAACCACGCCGGCCAACCUCGUGAAUGGCUCGGCGUCUGCGGUGGACGAGGGAUAUGGGGUGUCUCAUUAUAA